GCAGACAACGACAUGCGGGUUUACAAGCAACAGCAUCGUAAUCUAACGGACAAAAAACGUUACGCCAGUGAACAAAUGCAUGCGAUGGGGAGAAAUCGUGAGCCAAAGAAAGCUCAACUUCUUAACUUGCGUAAUCGUGUGCGUGAGCUGCGCGCUCAGUUAGAAGGCUACGAGGGGCAGAUUGGGUCCGAUUUUCAUUCUCAGCUCAGCAGAAACGAGCAGGCUGAGUGCGAAAGGUUACAGAGAGACAUCUUGGAGAAGAAGCAAAGAUUGGAUCAGGUGUCAAAGGAGCGCAGUGCACUCGAAACCACAAAGCAAAAGCUUGAGAAUCAGCUGACAACGAAUUUGCUGCGCAAAAGGGAUAAUCUGACUGCGGUAAUCUUUGCUCAGUCCUCACUUCUUUGGAAAUUAUCAGUUUGA